GAAGGUGACGUACGUACGCGGCGAUUGGUGAAAACUUUCGCGCGCAUAGUGAGCGCCCUCAAACGGAACGCUACGGUUUUAACACUCUCGUCUGUUUUUUGGAACAACUCGCCAGGGUUUUUCGCGUAAAUCAAAGAUCGCCAACAUGUCUGACGAAGCGACAGCACCAGCGAAACGCGGACGCAAAGCGGCCGCCGCCGAUAAAGCCGGUGAGAAGGCCGAAAGCAAAAAAAGACAGCGGAAGGAGGUGAAACAGGUCGAGAGCGGCGAUGAGGACGAUGUUGCACCGAAACGGGGCCGUGGACGACCAAAGGGCUCUACCAAGAAGAAAGCACCAGCGAAACCAAAGGCCAAAUCAGCUACAGGACGUCGAGGGCGCCCGCGAAAAGAUGACAAAGGCAAAGACUCCGAGGACGAGGAUAACGAAGAGAAUGAUGGAGGCGAUGAUGAUUAAGUUGUAUUUUGAAAUGGCGAUGUCCGAAGUCAUUUUACUCAUUCCGAUAAGAAAAAAGUGUAAAUCGUACCAUUUGUAGAGAUAGUCAUAUUAUUUAUUAGAUUUUUAUAUCUUUAUCGUCAGAAUUUUGUAUCAGUUUUUGUGGACUUCGUCAUUUUAGUCUUAAGUAAUUAAAUCUUAUUAUUAAGUGUA